CACCUAAAAUUUCCUUUAUUGCAAAGAAACCAUCACAACUCCCCCAUACCCACCUAGAGAGAGAAAAGGACAUUUUUAGAGAGAGAAACAGAUAUUUUUGGGGAGAGAAAAUGAAAAAAAAAAAGAUGCACAAGCAAUUGGCUGCCAUGGCGGUGGAAGAAGACACAGAUGAACAUCAACAACAACGAUCACCAAACAAUCGGUCUGCAAAAAAACCCAGAAAUUUCACCCACAAAAUCAAACAACAUGACGAUGUUGAAGAGGAAGAAGAUGAUGAUUAUGAUGAAGAUUACUUGUAUAAUAGCUAUUAUUUUUUCCCGCCAACAACAGCUUCAUCAAUAGUUGUGUGUGAUGCGAUUGAAUUAGAGUAUCCAAUCAUUUAUGUCAAUACUACCUUUGAAAUCUUUACUGGGUAUCGUGCUAAUGAAGUUCUUGGCCGCAACUGCCGUUUCUUACAGUACAGGGACCCUCAUGCUCAAAGAAGGCAUCCUCUGGUGGACCCUGUUGUUGUUUCUGAGAUGAGAAGAUGUCUUGAAGAUGGUGUAGAGUUCCAAGGGGAGCUUCUAAAUUUCAGAAAGGAUGGCACUCCUCUGGUUAACAGGCUGAGGCUUCAACCAAUAUAUGAUGAUGAUGGAACUGUCACGCAUGUCAUAGGCAUUCAGACGUUCUCAGAAGCAAAAAUAAACCUUAACCAUGUAUCUUACCCAGUUUUUAAACAGACGCAUGACAAAAAAUUAACGUGUGUGGAUGAGCAUUCCGCAAAGGGUGGAAAAAUGUGCGGUAUUCUCGAACUUUCGGAUGAGGUAUUGGCUUAUAACAUAUUAUCACGAUUGACUCCAAGAGACGUAGCAUCAAUUGGAUCUGUUUGUAAAAGGAUAUACCAGUUAACAAAAAAUGAACAUGUGAGAAAGAUGGUUUGUCAAAAUCUAUGGGGUAGAGAAGUAACAUGUAAUUUGGAGAGAAUGACGAAAAACUUGGGGUGGGUUCGACUAGCAAGGGAACUCACCACCCUUGAGGCGGUUUCUUGGAGGAAGUUUACUGUAGGGGGAUCAGUUGAGCCUUCGCGUUGCAAUUUCAGUGCAUGUGCAGCUGGAAACCGUGUUGUUCUCUUUGGCGGGGAAGGUGUUGGAAUGCAGCCUAUGGAUGACACUUUUGUGUUGAACCUUGACUCUGAGCAUCCGGAGUGGCGUCGUGUAAGUGUCAAGUCCUCACCUCCUGGACGAUGGGGUCAUACUCUCUCGUGCCUUAAUGGGUCCUGGCUUGUCGUAUUUGGAGGGUGCGGGAGGGAAGGGUUGCUAAAUGACGUCUUCGUCCUUGACCUAGACGCCAAGCAUCCAACUUGGACUGAAAUCUUCGGUGGUACUCCCCCAGUCCGCCGGUCCUGGCAUAGUUCUUGCACUGUGGAUGGGUCUAAGUUGGUUGUAUCCGGGGGAUGCACAGACUCUGGGGUGCUCCUUAGUGACACAUACUUGCUCGACCUCACAACAGAUAGGCCAGUUUGGAGGGAGAUUCCUACUUCGUGGGCCCCACCUUCGAGGCUUGGUCACUCACUUUCCGUUUAUGGGAGGAAAAAGUUAUUCAUGUUCGGGGGACUAGUGAAAAGUGGACAGUUAAGGCUGCGAUCUGAUGAGGCUUAUACCAUUGAUAUAGGGAGCGAAAACCCUGGAUGGAGGCAAUUAGAUUAUGGUGCACUUGCUGGUACGGGAAGCCAAGGAGGAGUUGUUCCUCCUCCGAGGCUUGAUCAUGUUGCUGUGAGCAUGCCAUGUGGCAGGAUCAUUAUAUUUGGGGGUUCGAUUGCUAACUUGCAUUCUCCUUCUCAGAUAUUUCUGUUGGAUCCUUCGGAGGAGAAACCAUCAUGGAGGACUCUUAAUGUACCUGGAAACCCGCCUAAGUUUGCAUGGGGUCACAGUACAUGUGUAGUUGGUGGGACUCGAGUCUUGGUGUUGGGUGGGCAUUCAGGUGAGGAAUUGAUACUGAAUGAGUUGCAUGAGCUUUGUUUGGCUAGCAAGCAUGACUCUGACUUCUGAACCUUAUCAUCAGCCAGAUUGCUUGAGUUGCUGACUUGCUGUUGUAUAACUGCACAAAUGUUUUGUUUUAUGAAUGUAAAUUAGCACCACAAUCUUGUAUCCUUUUAGCUUCCAGAGUUUGAUAUGAUUGGCGUCCGUUGUGUUGGAUUCUUCAGUAUUCAGUGUGGCUUAAUACAGAUUCUGAGGUUGGGUUUUGUACAGAAGUACUUCACACAAAGGAGUUUGAGACGAUUGUUAUAUAGUGUGGUGGCAAUGGCCCGAUUCAGAGUGACAUGGUUGCUGAUCCCGGAAUAGUACUGGGGUUGAAGUAGCUGCCUAGCUGGGCAUGGUCUAUGUUCACUGGGCUCUCUCCGUGUCUGUUGCGGUUGUCGUAAUCGAGACUUUCACAUUUGCGCUCAGAGUUGUUGGACUUGUUUGUUACAGACUUGCAGGUCUUAAUCGAAAUUUUGUACAUUUUGAUCCCCAGAGUUAUAUUAGACAUUUAGACUUGUACUCAGUAAUCAGUAUGUUACAGAUACUCCGUAUCUAUUCUAAGUUUUGUAUACGUGUUGGGAGCUUCAAUUUGUAAGCCUUUUUAAAUGAAUAUUGUCCAUAUUUUGGAUGUUA